UACAUCAAUAGCCAACAUCAGACGUAAUUUUUGUUUUAUCAGUAUACAUACACGUAUAUCUAUGGCAAUAUUGUUUCGCAUGCUUCCACAUUUUGCGCAGUCGGCUUGUAAGGUUCUUACAGUUUUACAACCAAACGUAAAAUAUACUGUAAAUAUGGCGAAGAAAACGGCAAUUUUGUUAAUAGCCGAUGGCUCUGAGGAAAUGGAAGCUGUAAUAACUGCAGACGUCUUGCGUAGAGGCGAUAUUCAAGUUACUGUUGCUAGUAUUACUGAUAGCGAAUGCGUCAAAUGCAGUAGGGAUGUUAAAAUUUGUGCUGAUGCAAAAUUACAAGAUGCAGUUAAUAAAACAUAUGAUGUUGUAAUAUUGCCUGGGGGUCUUGGUGGUUCAAAAGCCUUUGCCACGUCAGCAGAAGUAGGAAAGCUAUUGCAACAACAAGAAAAGGAAAACAGAAUUAUUGCUGCUAUUUGUGCUGCACCAACUGCACUAAAAGCACAUGGAAUUGCUAAAGGAAAACAACUUACAUCCUAUCCUUCUGUGAAAGAUGAAUUGAAAAAUGAAUAUAAAUAUUUGGAGGACAAAGUAGUAACUGAUGGUAAUCUAAUAACCAGCCGAGGCCCAGCCACCGCAUUUGCUUUUGGUCUAGCUAUUGUGGAAAAAUUGGUUGGUAAAGAUACAGCAGACAAAGUGGCAAAAGGAAUGUUAUACUCAGAGUGAAGAAUUCAUUUAUAAGCAGCAUACUAUUGUAUUUGUUUAAUACAUUUAAUACUCUGUGUUUAAAUUUCAUGAAUAAAUAUUACGCAUGAUGUAAA